CAACUUGUUAAGGCUAUAAAUAUGUGCCGUGGGAGAUAGGGCUGUGCAUAAAGGAGACAUUUCCACAUCCGUACAACCAUGAUGAGGUUUCCAGUGACCCUCUCCUGUGUUGCUUUCCUGCUCAUACUUGCUCUGGUCCCUAGUAAGGCCAAGCCCCUGACAGAGGAAGAAGAGCAAGAAAAACAGAGCGCCAUGAAACGUGAUAUUGAGCUGGGCUUGUUGGUAAUUGAACCUCCCCAAGAAGAAGAGCCCCUUAUAUUUAGCCCAGUUCUGGCAUUCAAAGCUGAGGAGGACAGAGACCACCUCUACCACCCACGUCAUGAAGUUCCAGACAAUUUCGAACGCCCUCUCCUAAAAAUGGGGCCCCGUCAAAUAAGCAAUGAGCCAGAGGAAGAUCGAGAUCACUUGUACCACAAAGUGGCAUGAGCAGAAGAGCAAUAUGCAUUUUGUAUAUUGAAUGUUUUAAACUUGCUUACUCAAUAAAGUGCUUAUUCAAUGAAACACAAUGUAUAGUUGAAGGAAUACAGGAUAGAUUCCCAAUGAUUAUUUUCAUUAAAAUGAUAUUGACCACAAA